AUGGAAAUGAGCUCCGAUUUGGUCACCGGAGACGAGUUGAUGUUCUACUAUGCCUUUUAUGAAACUAGAGACCCUGCAGGGCCUCGAAUUCGAAUAAUCGGCACUGGAGAUUGUGAAAAACUGAAGGCAGAGCACUUUUUGGUGGUGUUGGCUGAUGGGAAGACAUUGAAUAUCGAGCGGAUAUACGUUCUUGGCAGCAGCGACUGUCCUGGAUUUAUCGGUGGCCACUGUAAAAUGCCAGAAAUGGAGCUGUCGACAAGCGUAUUCUUUGAAAACCAUCGCAAACGAGUAUUGGAUGAAAAGCGGUUCCAAGAAGAUAUUAAUGCACGUACAUUCUGUAUCAACUGCUACGAAGAGAUUGCUGGAUUAUUAUGUGAAAAAGGGCGUCGUCGAAACCCGGCCUGUCCCCUUGAUGCCUUA